AUGCCUUCCAAUAUUCUGAAUGAGGUGCUAUUCGUUGAUAUUGACGGAGUCGUGAACCCAGCUAUGUUGCAUGCACAUGUUAUGCUCUUGAUUAAAUUUAAGGCGUUGGAACAGUCGGACGAGCACAUCGAUACAAGAUACUUACUACGUGCGCAGGAACGCUAUGUAUUGUGGUUGAAUUUGUUGGGCAGUCAAAAGUAUGAUCAAGGAACUGAGCUAAUUCCGCCCAUAGGUGCCGUCUACAUCACUCUUUUUAUAGAUGUUUGCUAUAUUUGGCAUUCUCAUUUGCUUUCGCCAUUACGAUACUACGAAGAUUUGCACCGAAUUUAUGACCCUCAACAAAAGUUUCCAGAUUUCCCUCUAAAACAAUUGUACGAUGUUUGGGAAAGUAAUGGUGAUCAUACUGAUCCUCCAUCUGAAAAAGUCUGGGUAGAAGAGACUAAACAACCAUGGAUUCUUGACCCAAAUGAUAGUUCCGAUUUUAAGAUAAUCUGCCCUUGGUGUAAAUCAAGUGUUCAAAUCCCAUGGGUAAAUUAUGUGAAAUUGAUGCAAACAGUUGAGACGGAUGAAAGUUGUCCAAAAUGUUACGCGCCAUAUUCUAUUGAAACUUUAAGCGCAAAACGAUUCGUCGAUGAUAUUAGCGCUUGGAAUAAGGAUAAAACUCGAUUGAUUGGUGGAACUUUAAUUAAUCGAAAAAAUGGCACAUAUUCGGAAGAAUUUGCGACCAGAAGUUUUCAAUCGUUAUUUACUACAAGUAGCAUUAAUGAAUUAACAAAUUUUGACCAAUACAACUGGGAGCAUAUAGUCAAACAACUCAAUUUCCAGAUUAAAAAUUCAGAAGAGAAAAUUGUCCAGCGCGUCUUAUCCGCCUACAUUGGCAUUCCGUUAGCAUUCUCAAUUGAUCUAAUUAGUGCUGUACGUCGGCAACGCAAAUUCACAGAUAAGGUGGUCAACAAUAAAUGGGUCGAUUGCGUAGGGGCUCAAGAAAACGCUACCGUGCGAUACCUUAAAUUCUUGUCAUUAACGAAAGAGAAACCAAGUAUUCCCCUUGUACCUACGUUUGAUAUCGAUUUGUGUUGGCAUACGCAUCAGAUUCACGCAUCACUUUAUCGUGCAUUUACCAAAAAGCAUGCUGGUCGAAUUAUUAAUCAUGAUGAUACGUUGCCUGAAAAGGAAUUAUCAGUUGGUUUUGAAGCUACAGUUCAAGCUUGGAAUAAGAUUUAUAAUGAACCAUAUGUGCAAAGUCAAUCGAAGCACCCCAAAGAAUACGAAGUUAACGAAGAAUGCGGGGAACAAUGCCAACAAUGCCAAUCAGAAUGUGGUCCUGAAGCAUGUUAUUGUGAUUAG